GGCACGCGGUGGCGCCUCACUUCCUGGUUGAAGAUGGCGGAUGAGAAUGAGACAGCACCGAUGCCGGAGAAAGAAGAUGUAGAGGACCACGGACACUGCAGCGACUGUGAAAAUGAAGAGCACCACUCUGACGACGGUGACAGGGGUCUGGGUGACGACACUGGUGCCAAGAAGAAGAAAAAGAAGCAAAAAAAGAAGAAGAAAUCUGGUGCUCCAGAAGCUGCUCAGGAUCCCCUUGCCAAGGUGAAUUCAUUGCCAGCUGAUAAGCUACAGGAGAUCCAAAAGGCCAUUGAACUGUUCUCUGUAGGCCAGGGCCCUGCUAAGACCAUGGAGGAGGCCACUCGGAGGAGUUACCAGUUCUGGGACACACAGCCUGUGCCCAAGCUAGGAGAGACCGUGACAUCACAUGGCUCUAUUGAACCUGACAAAGACCACAUCCGGGAGGAGCCCUACAGCCUCCCACUGGGCUUCAGCUGGGACACCCUCGACUUGGGCAACGCUGCUGUGCUGAAGGAGCUUUACACCCUUCUCAACGAGAACUAUGUAGAAGAUGACGACAACAUGUUCCGAUUUGACUACUCUCCUGAGUUCCUCCUCUGGGCCCUGCGGCCCCCUGGCUGGUUGCCCCAGUGGCAUUGUGGGGUGAGAGUGAACUCCAACCAGAAGCUUGUUGGCUUCAUCAGUGCCAUUCCUGCUUCCAUCUGUAUCUAUGACAUAGAAAAGAAAAUGGUAGAGAUCAAUUUCCUCUGCGUCCACAAGAAGCUUCGCUCCAAACGAGUUGCUCCGGUUUUGAUAAGAGAAAUCACCAGACGGGUCAACCUGCAGGGCAUCUUCCAGGCGGUGUACACUGCUGGAGUGGUACUGCCCAAACCUGUGGGCACAUGCAGGUACUGGCAUCGCUCUUUGAACCCGCGCAAACUAAUCGAGGUGAAGUUCUCCCACCUGAGCAGGAACAUGACGAUGCAGCGCACCAUGAAGUUGUACCGUCUGCCCGACACUCCGAAGACUUCCGGUCUGCGGACGAUGACCAAGAAGGACGUCCCACUGGUGCAUCGCCUCCUACGCGAGUACCUGAGCCAGUUCAACCUGGUGCCCGCCAUGAACCAGGAGGAGGUAGAACACUGGCUGCUUCCCCGGGAGAAUAUUAUCGACACUUACCUGGUGGAGAAUGAUGGCAAGGUAACAGAUUUCCUGAGCUUCUACACUCUGCCCUCCACCAUUAUGAACCACCCUGUGCACCGCAGUCUGAAAGCCGCGUACUCCUUCUACAACGUGCACACCACCACGCCCUUUCUCGACCUGAUGUCUGACGCCCUCAUUCUGGCCAAAUCGAAAGGGUUCGAUGUCUUCAAUGCACUGGAUCUAAUGGAAAACAAGACAUUCUUGGAGAAGCUUAAGUUCGGCAUCGGUGAUGGAAAUCUACAGUAUUAUCUGUACAAUUGGAAGUGUCCCAGCAUGGGCUCUGAAAAGGUUGGGUUGGUUCUGCAGUGACGUCCCUUUACGCCAUAAACAAGUGUCACCAACCGGCCAGCGGGUGGCCCCAUCGCACCGACCACCUGCCAGAUGGACUGAUGACUUCCUGUUUCCGGAAAGGAGGGAGAAAAAAAAAAAAAGAAAAAGAAAAAAAAAAACACCGCCCAUUUUUACUUUUUGAUCUUUUGAACUUUGACCUGCACUACCGCUGCCAGGCAGGGAGGAGGAAGAGCGGCGAGGCUCUCCCCGCCUCGCUCGAUCACAUGGACCUUAAGCCAUCGUUACCAUCCCAAUCAACGUUAUUUCAUCUGAGCGCUGUCCUAAUUGUACCAAUCACACAAGAACAGCACAGAUUUCUGUAUAUCGAAAGUUCACUGUUGGCAUCCCUACGAAACGUAAAUCACAUGUAAAUAAUAUCAAACAUUACUUCUGGUCAUUGGCCUAACACGCACAGACCAGAACCCACUGUUCUGUUUGAUUCCUAAAAUGUGGGAAAUGCUUUUUGCAAUUGAAUUAAAUCAGUCAUUCUUAGGUUUUAGAUACAACAAAAUGAUUAAAAAAAAAAGAUUUUGAGAGAGAAAGGUUCAAUGUGUGAGGUAAUAAAUACCCAAAGUGGACACCAGAUAAGGGCUUCUGUUAAAAUCUUUCUUGUUCUGCGUGACCCUGAUUGUUUUUGUUUUUUUUCUUUUGUUUUUCUCAUCAAAACCUUGUAUCAUUAUGUAAAAUAUGUUUAUGCCUUUCUGGAGGUUUUCUCAUCCGUAUUAACUUCCAUGACCUCAGUGUACUGCACUAACAGAAGAAGCCCUUAAACAGACUAUCAAUGAACCAGCUCAGUUGGCGGCUCGGACGAGGUCGGACUCCGACGCAGAGGUUGAAUGCGUCCUGAUGGAGUUGGUGCAACUUGGCAAUGACGCCUCUUGAUUUUUUUUACUGUGCCUCCGUUCCGAUGUCCAGCCACACGGGCUCUCAGGUUUUGUCAAAUGUUCCUGAAAAGUCAACACGAGCUUGGGUCAAAGUUUGACCUAAUUUGCUUGAGGAAAUUACAAAGUCUUAAAUGGUUUUAAAGAAUAAUAUGAUAUAAUGCAAAGACACACUCCAUAGGAAAAACUAAAAGAUUGAAUGCAUAAAGCACGGACUGCGUUUAUUUUCUAGCUCUUCGGGAUACAAACGGUUUAAUGUGGUCAUCACCUAUAUUACGCUUUUUUAUUUAGUUUUUAGAAGGUUAAACAAAACGAUGUUCAAACAUUACAGCAUUUGGAGCUCUACAGCGAUCGUGCAGGUGAUGUCAGUCUAAAGUCACAAGGGCAUGUUUGGGCCGGUGAAAAGCCGUCUGGACUUCAAGGACAUGGUGCAGAGUCAGUGUUGAUGAUUACUGGGGACGUUCCCCACUUGAGGCGGUACUUAUGUAACUUGCUGGUUUUGCAAACUGUUGUAAAGGAAUAAAGGGUCUCAUGGUGUUUUUCAGCAGGAAAACAAUGUGACAGCGAAAGGUGA